AUGGUGGGGAUUCUGGGAUUGACGCGUGCCUUUGGGGACUGGGCUGACUCCCCGCGCGAGGUUACUCGGACGAUUCCGACGAGUGAAAACAUCGGGGAAAGCGGGUGGCUGAUCAGAUUCUUUGACUCCGCCUUCUUCUGUGAGUGGAUCGCCGUCAGCUACCUCUACAAGCACGAUCACUCGGGUGUUCGAGAUUACUUGUGCAACCGUAUGUAUACUCUCCCUCUCCCUGGUAUCGAGAGCUACUUGUUUCAAAUUUGCUACAUGUUAAUUCACAAGCCCAGCCCCUCGCUGGACAAGUUUGUUAUAGAUGUAUGUUCUAAAUCCCUGAAAAUUGCACUCAAAGUCCACUGGUUUCUGAUGGCGGAGUUGGAGGAAGUAGAUGACAACGAAGGGGUUAGUAGGAUUCAGGAGAAGUGUCAGUUUGCCGCCACCUUAAUGGGUGAGUGGCCGCCUUUGAUCAAGCCUCAGCUGCAUACUAGUGGCUUUAUGUCGACAAUGUCAUUUGGUAAUGACAAUGGAAGUAGCAGUAGCCCAUCAGGUAAAACCCCAAUGUUGAACCGUCUGUUGUCAUCAAAACAGAAGUUAAUGUCGUUGACAUCAUCUCCUCCAAAUGCCAUACUUGUGUCCAAGUCGUUCUCCUUUUCACCCUCGUCGGCUAACUCGAUGAUGAAUGAUGAUGGUGGUAAAGUUGUGGGAACCCCCGAGGAGAACAAUAAGAUUUUCAAGAAAUUUAUCCCAGGUCCCAAGGUACGAGAUGCUUUGCUCUUCAGGAAAUCUUUGGACAAGGACGAGGAGGUGCCUGAGAAGGAUGGUGGGUUUCUUAAGCGAUUGUUAAGGGAUAGUAGGGAUGAUGAUGCGAGAAAGUCUGUAGGUAACGGUAAAGAGAAUGAUGAGGAUCCUGAGAAGGAAGCUGGGUUCUUCAAGAGGUUACUGAGGGACAAUCGUGAUGAGGGCAUGCGGAAAUCGGUGGAUAGAUCCAAAGAUGAGGAGUGGCAUGAGCAAGAUGGUGGGUUCUUCAAGAGGUUAUUGUCAAGUAGCAGAGAAGAAGAUUCGAGAAAGUCGAUGGAUAGGAAUGACGAGGAGUUUGAGAAGGAUGGAUUUUUCAGAAGGUUUUUGAGUGGUAAGGAUGAGGAGGAGGGGAUUAACUCAAGUACGGAUAGUUUUAUGAAGCGGUUAUUUCGAGAUGGUAAAAAUGAUUCAGAUGAAAAAGCAUUGUCUAAAUCUGCUGAAGAUGACGAGAAGGAAGGAUUCUUCAAGAAACUCUUUAAGGAUAGAAAUGUUGAUAAGAAUGAUGGUAAUGACAAGAAUGAUGAUGAUGUAAGAGUGGGAAAGAAUUCUGAAGAUGAAGGAUUCUUCAAGAAACUGUUCAAGGAAAAAUUCGAUGACAAGAAAGAUGUCAGUGAACGGGGUGAUGAGAAUAGGACAGGACAUGCAAACAGUGUAGAUGAUGACCCGUCGGAUUCGUUGUUGCGUAGAUUGUUCCGUGUCCAUUCAGAAGAUUCCAAAACUUCCACGGCAAAUGACAGUAGCUAUAGUAACAAUCUUCUUGAAAGCAGUCCUGGAACAGAGAACUUUUUUCGGAAGCUGUUUAAGGAUCGAGACCGCUCAGUAGAGGAUUCUGAACUCUAUGGUUCCAAAAUGAGUAAAGCGAAUCAUCCUGGCUCACCAAAGCAAGGAAGUAGAAAAUCACAUGCUAAACCUCCACUUCCAAAUAGCGCAUCACAGCUUAGGAAAGGAACGUAUCAUGAAUCGCUUGAUUUUGUUCAAUCUUUAUGUGAGACAUCCUAUGGCCUUGUUGAUGUUUUUCCUAUUGAAGAUCGAAAAACUGCUCUUCGCGAGUCACUUGCAGAGAUCAAUGCACAUAUAGAUGUUGCUCAAAGUAGUGGAGGAAUAUGUUUUCCUAUGGGGAAAGGUAUGUAUCGUGUUGUUCACAUUCCGGAAGAUGAAGCUGUCCUCAUGAAUUCGAGAGAAAAAGCUCCUUAUCUUAUCUGCAUUGAAGUUCUGAAGUGUGAAGCUCCAAGUAAUUCAACCGAUGCUUCCAAUUCACAAAAGCUUUCUAGAGGAGGAAUUCCAUUGGCAAAUAGGGAUGCACUUCUACCGAAGCCUCCUCCAUGGGCUUAUCCUUUAUGGACAGGACAGGAUAUGUACCACAGUGGUUAUGAUAGGAUUUCUAGGUCCACUUCUGAUGCGAUAGAUCAGGCAAUGGCUCAGUUAUGGGAUGCUAAAGUGAAAUUUGUUCAUGUCAAUUUUUCUGUGGAGAAGCAAUCAGAAGUAGCUGCUAAUUGUGGCCAGACCAAAGAAGUUGCUAGUGCACUUCAUGCAGACGAUAGCUCUGAUUUGGAAUUCGUGAGGGUGAUCUUGUCAGCGGAACCUGGAAGUUGCAUGGAUGACAUAGUGGACCAAGAUCCACCUCGACGGAAAGAACAUCGGCGUGUUCCCAGUACCGUGGCAAUUGAGGAAGUUAAGGCAGCUGCUUUGAAAGGAGAAGCUCCUCCUGGUCUUCCUCUGAAAGGAGCUGGUCAGGAUUCAUCGGAUGCCCAACCAAAGGUUGAAAAUGGUGGUGUUCCCAAAGUAGGCGAUGCAUUAGCUGGUGAACUUUGGGGGGUAAAGAAAGAGCGAAUCCGCAAAGCAUCAGUGUAUGGAAAAUUACCCGGCUGGGACUUGCGCUCUGCAAUUGUGAAGAGUGGGGACGACUGCCGUCAGGAGCACCUGGCCGUUCAACUAAUUUAUCAUUUUUACGAUAUAUUCCAGGAAGCUGGUCUACCCCUGUGGUUGCGUCCAUACGAAGUUUUAGUUACUUCCUCUUAUACAGCUCUGAUUGAAACCAUACCAGACACGGCAUCACUCCAUUCGAUCAAAAGUAGAUUUCCCAAUAUUUCAAGUUUGCGGGACUUUUUUGUUGCCAAGUAUCAAGAAAAUUCUCCUGCUUUUAAGCUUGCUCAGAGGAACUUUGUGGAAAGCAUGGCUGGAUACUCCCUAGUUUGUUACCUUUUACAGGUUAAGGAUAGGCACAAUGGGAACCUGUUGUUGGAUGAAGAAGGUCAUAUCAUACAUAUAGACUUUGGUUUUAUGCUUUCUAAUUCACCUGGGGGUGUAAAUUUUGAGAGUGCUCCAUUCAAGUUAACCCGUGAGCUUCUCGAGGUGAUGGACUCUGAUGCUGAGGGUGUUCCAAGCGAAUUUUUUGAUUAUUUUAAGGUUUUAUGCAUCCAAGGUUUCCUGACAUGUCGUAAACAUGCAGAGCGCAUAAUUCUUCUAGUUGAGAUGCUUCAGGAUUCUGGUUUUCCAUGUUUCAAGGGUGGUCCCCGAACAAUACAAAACUUGAGAAAACGCUUUCAUUUAGGUUUGACAGAAGAGCAAUGUGUUUCCUUGGUGCUUUCUCUAAUAAGCAGUAGUUUGGAUGCUUGGCGGACCCGUCAGUACGAUUACUAUCAGAGGGUCUUAAAUGGGAUAUUGUAA